AUGCGUCAUUUUUUCUCCUUAUUUUUCCAGAAAAUUACCAAACACGAUGACUUAGGUUACUCUCAAGAGUCAGCUAUGAAGCAGUUUGGGGACCUAACUCGAGAAGACCGGGCCAUUUACAUUGGAAGUUCGUUGAAGAAAUCGCUUCCAAAUAACUUCAAACCUCAGCUGCCAGAUUCAGUGGACUGGAGAGAUAAGGGAUUUGUAACUCCAAUAAAAAAUGAAGGUGAACUCGGUUUAUAUUUGUGGGACUUAAUCUGAAGUUAGAAUUACUGACUUGAUCUGAUGUUAACAGUCACUCGGACUUUUGUCUAGCUGAUAAACAUGUGGUAUUGAGAAUACUUAGUUUUUGUUUAGGGAAGAAAAACGACAAACCUGGCAAGAAAAACUCCAAGUGAAAAGAGAAAGUCAACAGCAAACUUGCAUAACAGCGCUAGCGUCUGUGGCAACGACGAGAGAAUCGAUCCCGCGUGGAGGUGAACAGCGCGCCACAGCCUAUUGACCAAGAGCCAUGGCUCUUGCUAUUGACUCAAAGGGCUUUCAAAAAGAUUAUGAGCGAAUAUAUCAAUACUAACGUACGGUUCCAUCCACGCGUAUUCUAUUUACUUUAGCGAAGGAGUAUCAGAAUUAUGGAAGGUCAGACUUCGCCUUUUGUUAAAAUAAGUGGGAAAGAUGAAAUGCAUGCGCAAGGGCGGUUAGUUUAUAAAGAAAUUGUGAAGUUACGUCGGUAGGGAGCGGAAUACAAUUUUUGCUAUCAUUAUCUGAUAGGGCUAACGCUCAAAACGUCAAAAAAAAAUUCGGAUAAGUGUAUGCCGGCGGCCCACGAUCUUAAACCAAAACUAGAAAAUGAAACCCAAUUCGCUGUCCUAAUACUCUAAAGUAAAGCUCAGUUUUAACAGUUGUUUUGUUUCUCGUGUGUAGCUGGGAAUGGUGCCCUCUCUAAGGAUCACACCGGCAACACAGCGCCAACAAUGGCAAAAAUGAUACCGUCAUUUAAUAACGGAGACCCGAAAAAACCCAGCCCUAUCGGACGGCACAUACUUAUAAAGCCGAUGUAUGGGAGUACUCCUCCCGGGCCAUGUCCCCCUACGGUGGCUAAGCUCUUGAUUCUAUCUGAUCAGUUGGUGAUGCCCUAAAAAAUUCUAUUUCACUCAUUCAUCUUUCUUCCUAGUUACUCUCUCUUGUAGUCUUUCUCAGCAGCCUAUAUUUCAUCCUCACUAUAGCUACCCUGCGAGUAGAGGUUUCUUUUCUUACAUGGCUUUUAGCGUUAACGAAGUCUUUCGCGUGGCUUGUCAGUCGCGUAGUUGGUUUGUUUUAUACGCCCCAGGAGAAACGGGGGUGUAAACAAACCAACUACAAACCUCUACUCGCAGGGUUAUUAUUUAACAAUUAUUCCCCGAGCCCGAAUGGGCUCCGAGUCAAUAGCCCAUGAGGCCGAAGAGCUAUUGACUCAGAGGCUGUGAGGGCGAGAGGAUUAAAUGUUUUAGUAAAAUCCAACUAGUUUUAGCUAGUUAAAAGCUAGAUUUUAAUCCUUUUUUGCCGCCAAAAAGCCCGCGCGUUUCGCUACUAGGGGGCUAUAACAUAUAGCCUAGUAGUAGCUCAACCAAUCAGAAUGCAGUAUUGAUAAGAGACCACUAGCUGGAUUUUACUAAAGCUAGAUAUCUUUCAAUUUUUGGCACUGAUAAAAUUACCCAUUGUAAACGGACCCCUCUGUUGCGCUGACAUAGGCCAGUGUGGUUCGUCCUGGGCGUUUAGCGCGACUGGAUCUCUAGAAGGACAACACUUCAGGAAGACUGGAAUACUUGUGUCUCUCAGUGAACAGAAUCUCAUCGAUUGCACCAAAAGUUACGGCAAUACUGGCUGCGGUGGGGGAUGGAUGGACAACGCGUUUAAAUACGUAAGAGACAAUAAAGGAAUCGAUUCCGAGGCAGGCUACCCAUAUUAUGCUAGGGACUUGGGAUAUUGUUAUUUUCGAGCAGAGUACAAUGCAGCUACAGCAACUGGUAAGAAUAAUUGAUAAAUGAACAACAGUAUCGUAUGGCAGCUGUCCUCGGAAGACACAUUCAUACAUACACACGUAAUUCGGACCAUACGAAACAGCACUGUCGCAAUAAACGAUGAUCACUCCUGAAGCCUGAACUCCUGUGAGGUUACAUACACACAUAUACACAUACAUUGUCUGCCUGUAGCCAUUACGACUCCUGAGGGAGGAUUAUGAGGUUAUCUCUCCUUACAGAUAACCCACCCAGCCCAGGAAAGGUUGGCCACACCACCGCGGUCUACGUUCGAAAAGUGCUAUUAGAGAGAUUAAGAUUCACGUUUACCGCAAACGGCAAACGUCAGACUCAAGUUGAGAAUUUCUCAGAUUAGAAAAUAAGAAGAUAAAAACAGUCCCGAACGAUUCUUAUGGCUAAAACUGGCAUAAAACUACUUAUUUUUGUGUAGAAGCAAAAAAGAGUAAACGGAAAAUAAGGGGAAAACUUGGUCACGUGGUACAAAUUCACGUCAGCCGUUUGGCGUAAACGUGAAUCUUAAUCUCUCUAUUGGCGUGCCGGUAUUUUACGUCCGACAAGAACCAGAUGAGCGAAAGUGCUGUGAGACGGGACCUCUGUUUUUUCGAACUUAUCCGAGAAGACUAGAAAGUGUAGCCGUUUGCAGAUGUUAUUUCAAAGGCAACACUUUCUUCUCAGUUAUUUAAAGACCCUGAGGGUUGGUCCGGCCGGGGUUUGAGAUAUCAGCUUUGUAAAAAAAAAUCGACCAGAAGUUUUUUUAGCCACCAGAAAUAGCUAGCUGAUAUAUACAAUGUUUUAAGACAUUCGACGACCCUCUUUUGCAGAGGAAAAAUAAAAGAUGUACUUUAAACGAAGAUUAUACAAGCCAUCAAAUUCCAUUUUCAUUUGGCUAUUUCCUUACAGGAAUUACCUAGAUCAAUCAACCAAUCAAAAUGACGGAUUGGCCGGCCGAUGCCAAGAGAGUAUAACCUACGUCCACUUUUUUCAUUGCAGGAUUUGUAGACCUUUCAAGUGGAGACGAGAUAGCUCUAAAACAAGCCGUUGCCACCUUCGGACCAAUAUCUGUUGCCAUUGACGCCACCCGUCCUUCAUUUCAAUCAUAUCGCAGUGGAAUCUAUGUUGAACCGUAGGUAUCGAUACGCAUUAUAGGGUCACCAAGAAUAAGCCUUUGGGGAGCAAGGGUCGUGCAGUGGUGAGAGCACUCGCCUCCCACCAAUGUGGCCCGGGUUCAAAUCCCGGCGUCGACGCCAUAUGUGGGUUGAGUUUGUUGUUGGUUCUCUCCCUUGCUCCGAGAGGUUUUUCUCCGGGUACUCCGGUUUUCCCCUCUCCUCAAAAACCAACAUUUCCAAAUUCCAGAUCGACCAGGAAUCAGGUAGACGAAGAACCACUAUGUGGAUGUGCUACCUACAAAUCGUUAUUUAUUAUUAGUUGAUCAGGUGACCAACUUUUGGUAAACACGAAAACAAUUCGCUUUUGAAAGUUUUGUUAGCACGAGCUGAAAGAGCAUAUUCAAAUUAGGUACCUGGGAAUCUUCAGUGUAUAUCUCAAAAGUAGCGAUUGGAACGGCCGCCCAAAAUUUGGCCUAUUGAGCCUAAUCAAUUGCUUUUUUUCCCGGGACAUGAGUGUGACCAAAAGAGAAUAAUAGGACGGGCAGGGAAUCUAAGGUCGGUGGCCAGGAUAUGUGAAUUUCACUAAAGUUAUUUUUAGAGGCUGUAAGUCCAAUUCCUGGGACGUGUACACAUUUUAAUCAACUGUUUGAAACGUCAUCAAGUCCGUGUGUUACUGUCUAGAUGCAGAAUAUUUUAGUGGCAAAACAUCAAGAGAGCAUAAUGUCCCAUUAAUCUCUCUUGAAACAUUGAUUAAAGCGGACAUCUCCGGAAACCAACUUCCAACUAAUUUCAAGCGUUUACUUGGUCUAAAAAUAACUUUCGUGAAAUUCACAUAUCUCAAGGACCAGACUGGGCGUUUCCUUCUCUGUCCCAUUCACCUCGCUUGGUGUGACCUGACAGUAGGCUCGGGCAAUUGUAAUUUUCAGGCUGUGUAGUUAUCACGGUUUGAACACUGCAGGUCUCUCGGUAAGAUUAGGGAGCUUACUAUCCAUCCAAACUAUUUCGCGAUCAUCCUAAGUCACCCUGUUACUUAAAAGAGGGGAAUUUAUAUUGGAGUUGAGAGAGGGGACCGCGCCCGAGUUCAGACAGAGACGGUAGAAUUUAUCGCCUCGUCUUUUCCGUUCUCUGAAUUUGAACUGAUUUUGGUUAUUUCGAGUCUUAGUUGUGCAGGAACGGCCGAGAAAUGUACAAAAAAAGCUUGACGCACGUGCAGAGUUGUUGUUUUGCCCAUUAAACCUAUUGCUUUUUUUAAUGUUCUCGUUGCCCUCGUCGUCGUAGUUUCGUAAGGUCCCUGAUAUUAGUACUCAAAUCGGCCACGCGUGUCUUGUCGUCAGUAUGUAGAAGGAAACCAUGGGAUUAACUGUUAGUCUUGAAAUAGCUUUAAUACUUUAGUCGUCCACUCAACGGCGUGAACUUAUUGAUGGAAUUUCUUAGUUCUUCCACUUCGCCUAUCUUACAAAAUAACGAGAUUAAUUAAUUACUUAACUUGUACAACGAGCAAAACUUCGUAUUAAGAUUUUUGUUAAUCGUACUAGAAAAAGAUUAAGAUUACAACCAAUCAGAAGCACUUAGUACCCAGAUCUGGGUAGUGACAAGUCAUCAGUAUGCAGACCCGUCUAUUGAAUUUCUGCUCAGACUUCAUUCCGAGGAAACCGUGCGUUGGAGACGUCGCCAAAUGUCGGGUGUUUUCGCGGGCAACAAUCUUGCUCGCUUUUUAUGGCAACUACCUGACUGAGUGCUAACUCGGACGGAAAAAAAGCCUGGCCGUGUUGGCUAUGAAGUGAUCUCAAAAACAAUCAGGAUGAUGAGACUAAUAAUAUGAUUGUAUGUGAUUUUUCAGAGCCUGCGGCAACAGUCUCUUUUCUUUAGACCGUGCUGU